CCACGAUGAUGAUCCCAAGGACGCGGACGAUAUCGUUCAGGCUGGUCGCCCUCGGCGGCGUACUGACACUCUUUCUCGUUUUCUAUACCUUUACGACUGCACCAUCCUUUGAUUUCCUACCAUUCUUGUCCGAAGAAAGAACCAGGCCAUCGUGUCCACCAGAAGAGUACUCCAACGGGCAAUGGGUCUACGAUACCUCAGCCACGAACCGCAGCAUGACUACGCAGUCGGAUGCACUCGAGUUUUCCGGCUUUCAAGGCUGCGCAAGCUCACGGGAGUUUUACUGGCACCUUGGCGCCGGAGAGACGGAGGAACAGCAACGGCGGUUCCCGCGAGUGACCAACUGGCGCUGGCAGCCUUCACCGCAGUGCACGACGCGUGAAUUCACCGCAGAGGCGAUGGUUCGGGACCUGGUAGAGCAGGGCGGGUGGUUGCUUCUUGGCGACUCUAUAACGGAGGGCCAAUUCUUUUCUCUUUCUUGCAUGCUCUUCCCGCAUGUAAUUGCAACCCCAGACUACGUCAAGAAUCCCUACUUUGACCGUGCUUGGCCCCAGAAUCUUUACCUUAAUCCCCAGUCGCCGCUUAUUCACAAGCUUCGGUUCCCACCUGGCUUUGACAUCACUAUCACACCGCUUGUCACAUUUCGCCGAGUUGAUCUGCUGCUUGAGCAGGCUGAGCUCGUGGAACUUCACCGCACACUGUAUGAUCCACCGGAGGACUUUAGUCUUUUCAGUGAGGAACUGGCGUGGAACCUCAGUCCGGAUUAUUAUCUACAGUUGUUCGCCGCCCCGCUCCCAGAAGCCAACUAUGGAAGCAUGAUUCUAAGCACCGGCGGGCACUGGACGACCACUCUUUUUUCCGGCUAUCGGGACGAGUCGAAGGAGGACGAAGGCUUUGGGAUCGACGGGGUUAUUAGCUUUUUCGGGGAGGCGAUGUCUUUUUGGGCUGAUCAAGUACAAAGAGCAAUGAACAGCAUGGGCGGCCAGGUGCUACCUAGAGGUAGGAGAGGUCGAAGACGAGUCGUUGUGCGCGCAUACCUUCCGGGACAUGAAGACUGCCAUAAAGCCGAAGAACCCUGGACGGAGAUCCAGCCGUGGAUUUGGAAGUGGUUCAAUUGGGCUAAUAUAGAAGAGUACAACCAGGUCUUCCAGGACGUGCUUUUGAACACACAAUACCCUGACAUACAUUUCCUUCCUAUCGAUAGACCAGCGCGUCUACGCCCUGAUGCGCACGUAGCGUCCGACUGUCUUCAUAUUAUGGCGGGCGCUGGCGUCUUAGAAGGCUGGAACCACUAUACUUGGCACUACCUUACCCGAGAAUUCAGAUCACGAAUUCGGUGAUCAACGCAUUACCAUCGACGGACAGCUUUAGGAUAUUACAUUAUUCUUCUUCUAUAUCCUUUUAUCACUUAAAAAAACGG